UCUUUUUCAUUUUAUUUCUCUUUCUCUUUCUCUAGAAAUUAGCGCUCCGCAUCUGCUCUAGAAGAGAGCAACGAAGCUUCCUUUAGCUGGCUCUCUAUCUCGAGCUGGAUCGAUAGCUAGCUAGCUAGAUAGAUCUUCUCUCUCUAAAAUUCGCUGUUGUUGAAGAUGCGUCGCUCUGCAGCCAGGAAAAGUGGUCAAUCCAAUUCCAUCGCUCCGAUCACUUCUUCAGCUGCGGAUCUUUUUCGCUCCGCCUCAAGUAAAGCAUCUUCAAAAGAAAUGGAGCGAAUUGAUAACCUAUUUUACUCCUAUGCAAAUAUUUCUUCUGGUUUGAUUGACCCGGAAGGAAUUGAAAACUUAUGUUCAGAUAUGGAGGUGGAUCAUACGGAUGUGAGGAUCUUGAUGCUAGCUUGGAAAAUGAAAGCUGAAAAACAGGGAUACUUUACCCUGGAGGAGUGGCGAAGAGGUCUUAAAGCGCUGAGGGCUGAUACUGUAAAUAAAUUAAAGAAGGCCCUCCCAGAGUUAGAGAAAGAGGUCAAGAGACCAUCAAACUUUGUGGAUUUCUAUGCCUAUUCUUUCCGGUAUUGCUUAACAGAGGAGAAACAAAAGAGUAUAGACAUUGAGAGCAUCUGUCAGUUAUUGGAUCUUGUUUUAGGAUCUCAUUUCCGUGCCCAAGUUGAUUAUUUCAUCGAGUACCUAAAGAUUCAAAAUGAUUAUAAGGUCAUAAACAUGGAUCAAUGGAUGGGCUUUUACCAUUUUUGCACCGAGAUAAGCUUCUCAGACCUCAGUAAUUAUGAUCCGGAACUUGCUUGGCCCUUGAUCUUGGAUAAUUUUGUAGAAUGGAUGCAAGAGAAAAGGACUUGAAACCUGCUGUCCUUAGGUUGACUCAGUCCUCUACUGUAAACCAUCGUUUUUAUUGAAGACUGUUGAAACUGCACACAUUAAACUCCGCCAGCAUGUUUUAUUUUCCCAUUUUAAUUUGAUUUUCGCCCUUUACAAACAUUGAACUCUUUCUCCAAUUCCUCAAAUUUCAUGUAAUUGAUAUGCUAGAGCUUGUACAAGUCUUGUCACUGUUCAUUCUGCUUCCAUCAUUGAUUCUACAAUUACUCUCCAA